GAUACACACGAGAUUCAUUGAAUAAGUUUAUUCUGUCAAGAGUGUGUUGUGUUGGCUGUUACUACUAGCUUGAGGCUUCAUUAAAUUGGAAUUCAUAACUUAGCGCCGAUCUGAAAUCCAAAAUGGCGCUCCCAUCCAACUACAAACAUUCACCGGUGUCAACCCCGACAACGCAAAGAUUACGCCCAUCCGGAUCUAGUUCUGAGAGUCGUAAACCUGACACGUCGAGUCCAUUUAUGCAUAGUUCACAGGGAAAUCCAGCAUUUACACCUCAAAAGCUGGGCAAAACAACUACAACCGCCGAAGCGAAAAUUAUUAAACCCCCGAAAGCACCGGAGAAACCUUUAACCCCUUAUAUGCGAUAUUCGCGCAAGGUUUGGGAUUCGAUCAAAGCAUCUAACUCGGACCUGAAACUGUGGGAAGUUGGAAAAAUUAUCGGUCAACAGUGGCGUGAUUUGCCAGAAAAGGACAAAGAAGAAUACAUCACUGAGUAUGAAGCAGAAAAGUUGGAAUACGAAAAAAAUCUGAAAGCUUACCACAGUUCGCCUGCAUAUCUAGCAUACUUAACUGCGAAAAAUAAGGCAAAGCCAGGUUGUGAUGGUGAUGGUCAUGAGCCUUCUCGUUCUAGCUCUAAAAGUGGUCAGCAGGACCGUCGAAUCGAUAUACAACCCGCUGAAGAUGAGGAAGAUCAAGAUGAUGGGUAUUCUUUUAAGCAUGUUGCAUAUGCAAGAUUUUCGCGUAAUCAUCGUUUGAUAAACGAAAUUUUUUCUGAUGCGGUUGUUCCUGACGUUCGAUCAGUCGUUACUACGCAAAGAAUGCUCGUUCUUAAAAGACAAGUUCAGUCGUUGGCUAUGCAUCAAAUGAAAUUACAACAUGAACUACAAUUGAUCGAAGAAAAAUUUGAUACAAGGAAACGUAAGUUCGUCGAGUCAAGCGAACAAUUUCAAGAUGAACUAAAAAAGCACUGUAAGCCGGCUGUUGACGACGAGACAUUCCAAAAAAUGGUCGACCGACAAUAUGAAAUGUUAAAACGAGAACGCUUACGAACUGUCGAAGAUCAGCAAAAACCAUCUGUAGCGGCUCCUGCUGCGGUCAAGCAGGACGAUCAUGCCGGAGAAUGUCCGGUUGCUCCAAUCGAAGAAACUCGCACCGAUACAGAAACUGAAAUUAAGCCACCGCUCGAUUCAGGUUCCGUAACAAAGCAUGAUGGCAGAGAAGAGCCAGUAGGAGCAGAGGACGAGACCAAACUGGCUACUGCCGACCACAAACCGCAGGAAGAUAUGAAAGAAGUACACGUAGACCAUAAAACAACUAUGGUGGAUCAAACACCAAACGUUCCUCCCGUUGCAGCCGUUGUUCCUCAAUCGGAACACUAUCGUGCUGCUACUGGUCACCCACCAGUCGUACCGGAACAAAAACCCGAAAUUCCACCUAUUGCAGCUACACCGCCGCCGCCCGUUUCAGCUCCACUUCCCCAUCAUCACGCUGCUCCAGUGCCAACGUCAACCCCUUCAUCCCCAUACCCAACUCACAGCGCCGAAUCACAUGUUGCACCACCUAACGUUACUGUGCCGCAUCAUCAAGGACCUCCACCGCCACCGCCGAGUCAUCAUAUGCCACCACACAUGCAACCCCAUCCGGGAAUGCCUUCCCACUCGGGCUAUCCGGGUUAUCCACAUGCCGGUCCACCUCGUCCAUAUUAUCUACCCAGUGGAUACGGCGCCCAUCCCCAAUCGUACGCACAAUACGGCCAUUAUCCUUAUCACCAACAGUACGCACCACCUCCCCCGGGUCAGUAUUUGCCUUGUCCUCCACGUCCAGGUCACGGUGGACCUAUGGGCCAUUACGGUGCUGAUCCACAUCAUGGAAGUCCGGCUGGCGAUGGACAUCAUCAACACUCGCCGUAUGGCCCCGGACCAACGCCAGGCGGUCCCCCACCGGUAACUGCUGGAAAUACUGGCGGACCAAUUUCCGGUGGUCCACCACAAUCACCGGCUGGCGGUCACGCAGGUGGACAUCCUUCAGAAGGUGAUGCUCCAGAGAAGCCCGAAAAACCAGAAAAGACACCCUCCAAGAAGAAGAAAUCAAGCAAGAAAGAUUCUGAAAAGAAAGCAGUCCAUGAUGACUAAAAUUAAUGAACGAAUUGUCUACAUUCAUAUUAACAAUGACGAUAAAACAUCAUAACCGAUUAUCUUUUACGUGUGCUUUCAAACGAACACAAUUCGUCAAGCUUUUAAUUCAAACAUGCAUAAAAAGAAUAAUUUUUUUAAAUCACCAUGGAAAAGUAUACAAACUAAUUCAAUUCAUAUUCUUACAUUUGUUUCAAAAUCUAAUUGUGUUCCUUUUAGUCCUUAUACAGUUUAUAUUUUAUUUAAUAUAUGGGGACAUGAGCACAUACAUCUAAUACUUAUUCUAAUAUUAAACUUAAAUCUACAACCGUUGUUUAUCUGACAAUGUAUCUCAUCUAAAUAUAAAUACCUGUGUUUCG